AGAACUCACUUACAGACUUACAGAACUCACUUACAGAACUCACUUACAGAGUACUUCUUUGACAGAGACCCUUGAAGAGAAAGAGAAGGAGAAGAGACCGAACGUUUUAUUCAGUUUUGUAUUGUAACAAAGGGGGAAACAGGUUGCGAUUCCUUUCUAUUAGUUUAAAUCAGUGACAGAUAGUAGCCUUGUACCUUAAGAGAGAUAGAUAGAGACAGAGAGAAAUACAGACAGAUACAUAAGAUGUCUUGUACAGACAGUGAAUAUUUUGUUAGGAAGGCAAAUAGAUGUUGCAAGAAGUGUAAGAAGGGUGAGCGCUGGAAGUUUGACUGCACCGGGGACAAAGAGACUGGCUGUGAGCCCUGCAACAGCGGAGAGUUCAUGGACCAGGAGAACACCAGCAAAACCUGCCGAGCAUGCAACACCUGCCAUCCCAGUAGUAAUUUGAGGAUAGUCUCUGUUUGCACCAGGUUCCGUAAUGCCCAGUGUGAAUGUGAAACUGGUUUUUAUUGCUCCCAUAAAACCAAUAAUGGGUGUGAUUACUGUAACCCUGUUCAACAGUGCAGACUGGGAGAGGGCGUUGUUCAACUAGCCACACCCUGGUCCAAUACUGAAUGUGCCUCCUGCAAACCAGGAACUUUCUCAAACCUGACUGACUCACAAACACCCUGCCGUAGCCAUACAAACUGCACAGAGAUUGGACAGAUGUUGCAGAUAGCUGGGAGCAGCAUUACAGAUUCAGUUUGUAUCGGCAAACCCACCCCCCCUCCCACCCCCAAAGAUCUCUGUUGGGUUUUGCCUGCCUCUCUCUGGGCUGGUUUUGCCAUUUCUGCUGCAGUGUUUACAAUCCUUUUCAUAUUGUGUUACCGGAGAAAGGAGAUGAGAAGGAGAAAGGAGACUGCCAGAGUUAUUCAAAGAAGAAGACAGUCAACUGCAUGUGUGGACAAGAUCAGGUUUUUGGAAAAGCACACAACUGGGGAAGGUAAUGAACAUGUGUGUGAGGAGGUAAGUGUGAGUUCACACUUGCUACCAGUCGGACUGAGUGUGCGAGAGACAGCCCCUGACGGAGCCUUGUGCAAAACACUUAUUCCAGAUGGUGCAGAGAAACCAAAACCACUGAUUCCAGAUUCUGAUAAUUGGUUUCCAGUUUCGAGGAGCCUGGACUGCCUCACACCAGUUAGGGAGAAUACAUUUAACUGGAAUUGCUUGUCCUUAAAGGAUUUACAAAAGACAGAAGCUGGUGUCUCAUCAGAAUUGGUUCUCCUACCAGUGACAACAAUUCCUCUGCAACAAGGGUUCCCAGAUCAGACUAAAGAAUUGCCCAUGAGCCUCCAUAGCGACAAGGGCAGUUUGGGAAAUUACCUGAAUCUCACAUCAAACAAUGAUCUAAAUCUCUGGAAGCAGCUUACAAUCUGUGACCCCUCAGUGACCUCUGACAUCGAGGUCGAUGGCCUGACCCUGCCCACAGUCACCGCCUCCGAGUGCUUCCAUGCAGGACAAUCAGAGAUCCGAAUAGUUAUGAGUCCGCCUCUGAGUGACAAGCACCACCUCCAGAUAGGAAAUGACAUCACAGAAGCAGGGUUGAGCCCUGGGCUAAUCAUAGAAGGGGCCUCACAGUUUGGGAAAGCCAGUUCCUGUCCUGGGAGACUGGGGUGUAAUUCUGAGCCCCAGGAAAAUGAGUGGACCGGUUAAGAAUUCCAACUGAAAACAGGGGCUACCGUCCUUGAGUGCAGGGGUGUCCUGAAAUUCACUGCAGCACUGUGCAGAUAUUACUGUCUGAUGAAAGCAAGAGGCCAAAUGCUUGUCUGCUUGACUUUCUUAUAGUUCCAGAGUGUAUUGAUCAGUGUUGUUUUUGCAACAUAAUAAGAUACUGUAAAUGCGUCAAAACAAACCUUUUAAAUUGUCCAAUGACAGUGCAGACAUGAAUAUAAAUAGUGGCUAUAUAGGAAUGCAGAAAGACAGUGGCUUUACAGAGGUUCUGUAUUAUACUUAAGGGCAAUGGUAUCACAAGUAUAGGGCAGCUACAAUGGGAUGAGACUGUUUUAAUAACAUUAAACUGUGAAAGAAUGUAGUGAACUAACAGACACAAAUAAGGAAUUAUAUUGUAGUGGUAAACUGAACAGGAUUGUGGGACACUGUGUUUGUCUGCAGUGUAAUGAAACUAAACUCUGAAAGUGUUACAGUCUGCAGCUUUUAAUAUUAAAAAUAAGAAAAGGGUGUCAUCAAGUGGAAUUAAGUGAUAUUGCCUUAUUGAACAGUGCAUGUUGAAGAGUUAUCUUACACUGUUUGACAAUGAUAUUCAAUGUAACACUGCAUCAAAAAGCAAAACAGGCACUGUUGUCUUCACAGCUUGUUUCCAUUCUCUCAGGUAGUUUUAGCUGCAGGCAGGCAGGCACACACACUUCCUCCUUCCUGAAACUUUCUGUUACUCUCAUGUGAACUAGACAAGCAGACAGGCAGUCAGGCAGGCAAUCAGAUGUCUUCCUGCUACUACCUGCCUGCAGCAGCCGGGAGGGGUAUGAUGGCAGCAGCAUGCUGUGGAAGCUCUGAUUCAGCUCAGGGAAGCAAAAGGGAAAAAUAAAAGAAAGGGGAUCUCCAUUCAUGAGGUUGGGGGGCAACAACCCUCAAACUAUAUUUCAACUUACUAUUGCAUACACCAAUUGAGGGAGUAUGAUCAUUAAUUAGUAAACAUUAGUGACAUUAUGUUUUUUAAAUUGUCUAAUAUCCUGGUAUAUUUUCUAUAUGUUUAGGUAGGACCAUAGAAGUAGGUUGAAGGUCAAACAUCUUUAGAAUUAAAACUUCAGCACGUGGAAUUUGUGGUAAAAAUGGAGUUGGAGAGCAACAUUGAUAGUGCGGGGCCCUGAGCUGGAAUAUCUGAAUAUUAAUAUACUGUGCUAUAUUCAUACACAUUUUCUUUUCUGUUUCGGUACCAUGUUAUUUUACUAA